GGGAGACAUCAGACUUGAUGGGGUACAAGAAAGAAAUUCCAUCAUUGGAGAAAGAUAUAGAUGGCCUCAUACUAUUCCAUAUGUUCUAGACGAUAGCUUGGAAAUGAAUGCCAGGGGAGUUAUCCUCAAUGCAUUUGAACGCUAUCGUCUAAAAACAUGCAUUGACUUCAAGCCUUGGUCUGGAGAACCCAACUAUAUAUUAGUGUUCAAGGGCAAUGGCUGCUGGUCUUCAGUGGGAAAUAAGCGCAUUGGGAGGCAAGAACUCUCCAUCGGAAAGAACUGUGACAAGAUAGCAACAGUUCAGCAUGAGUUUCUCCACGCACUGGGAUUCUGGCAUGAACAGUCUCGGUCUGAUCGGGAUGACUAUAUCAGCAUAAUUUGGGACAGAAUUAUUUCAGGCAAAAAGAAAAAUUUUGAAUCCUAUGAUGACCACAAAGCAGACUCCCUGAAUGUUCCCUAUGAUUACAGCUCAGUGAUGCACUACAGUAAAAGUGCAUUCCAGAAUGGAUCAGAGCCAACAAUUGUGACGAGGAUCCCAGACUUCAUGGAUGUGAUCGGCCAACGAAUGGAUUUCAGUGACUCUGAUGUCUUAAAGUUGAAUCAACUGUAUAACUGCUCCUCUUCCUUGAGCUUUAUGGAGUCGUGCGAUUUUGAACUGGAAAAUGUGUGUGGUAUGAUUCAAAGUUCAGAAGAUAACGCUGACUGGCAACGGGUCUCCCAGGUUCCUGAGGGGCCGGAGAAUGAUCACUCCAAUCUGGGCCGGUGCAAAGGUUCUGGUUUCUUCAUGCAUUUCAACAGUAGCUCUGUAAAUGAGGGGGCCACAGCAAUGCUGGAAAGUAGAAUACUAUACCCUAAACGAGGAUUUCAGUGCUUGCAAUUUUUUUUAUAUAACAGUAGAAGUGAAAAUGACCAACUGAACAUCUAUAUCAGGGAGUAUUCUGCAGCCAGUGUGAACAGUACUCUGACCCUUGUGGAAGAAAUAAAAGAUAUACCCAUUGGGAGCUGGCAACUUUACCACGUAACACUGAAAGUGACCAACAAAUUUAGAGUGGUAUUUGGAGCGGUCAGAGGCGCUGGUGCCUCAUGGGGUGGCCUGUCUAUUGAUGACAUCAAUCUUUCAGAAACACAGUGCCCUCAUCAUGUCUGGCAUAUAAGGAAUUUCACACAGCUCAUUGGCAGCCCCAGUGGAUCUUUCUUCAGUCCUUCAUUUUAUUCUUCUAAAGGCUAUGCCUUUCAGAUUUACUUGAAUCUAAGUAGUUUGUCUAAUGUAGGAAUGUAUUUCCACUUGAUCUCUGGAGCCAAUGAUGAUCAACUAGAGUGGCCAUGUCCUUGGCAACACGUCACGAUGACCAUCUUGGAUCAAAAUCCUGACAUUCGACAGCGUAUGUCCAACAAGAAGAGUAUAACUACAGACCCAUUUAUGACCACUGGUAAUGGAACAUAUUUUUGGGACAGGCCUUCCAAAGUGGGAGCACAAGUUUUUUUCCCUAAUGGAACUCAGUUUCAAAGAGGUGGGGGCUAUGGAUACAGAGUCUUUAUGACCCAUGAGAGGCUGAAAAGCAGAGAUUUUAUAAAAGGAGAUGAUGUUUAUAUCCUCCUGACGGUGGAAGACAUAUCUUACCUUAAUACUACACAAAAUGAUACAUUGGACAUCAAUGACCUUUGCACAAGCUUUAAAUGUGAGAAUGAUGGUGUUUGCAUUGUCCGUCAUGGCAAAGCUGAGUGCAGGUGUCCGUCAGGGGAAGACUGGUGGUACAUGGGAGAAAGGUGUGAAAAGAGAGGCUCAACUCGAGACACCAUUGUGAUUACUGCGUCUUCCACUGUUGCUGUGUUUGCCCUGAUGGUGAUCAUCACCCUCGUCAGUGUCUACUGUACCAGGAAAAAGUAUCAUAAAGAGACAAGUUCAAAGACAGCAAAUAUGAAUCUGGAAAAUCAAUAUGCACUUUGAAAAUGAACUCAGCAAUACAGCCAGCAAAUGAAAUGAAAAAUUCUUCAUGAUGGUUUCACCUACUGUGUAUUCCAACCACUUCACCUUCUAUAAAUGGAUCUUCUCUGUACAUAGCUGGAUAUACUACAAAUCAUUAUUUUGGUAAAGGUCUAAUUGGUGAAAUGUUGCUUGUGUUUUUGUUUUUAAAGGAGGGGAGUAAGAAAAUAAAAAAUAAAAACAGAUAAAGGUGGAGAAGAAAUUCAGGCUGUUCUGGAAGCAUAAUAUUGUCUGUAAGAUGGAGAGCAAGAACUGGGGGUAGCUUUCCAAAUGACUGCCUUCUCUUUGGGGGCCAAGUGUGUUGGCCUCACAGGUGAUUCCCUAGAAACCCACUGGAAACACCCAAUGGGAAUGAUCUUCCAUGUGGAAUCUCAGCAUUUCCAUGCUGUCCUGUCCCGAUGUAGGGAGGAGCAGAGGGCAGCUCCUUUCUCCCUGGGGACACGUGCCCCCCGCCGCUCUAAAACUGGCCACUCUCUUGUUUUCUUAAUUACUAUUAUUAUUAUUGACCAUGUUUGCGGCUUGUCGGAUUUUAGUUUCCCCACCAGGGAUCAAAACCAGUCCCGCAGCAGUGAGAGCGCAGAGUCCUAACCACUGGACCACCAGGCAAUUCCCUCUCUUGUUUUCUGCCUUAAGCCCCAUAGUAUGUGAGUCUGGUUUAGAAUCUGUUUGAACAUACUACAACCAAUAAGAACACUUUAAACUCCUAGAACAGUUCUCAAAGUUUUGGGUUUCAGGAGCCUUUAUACUUUUAGAAAUUAUUGAGGGCCCCAAAGAGCUUUUGCAUAUGAACAUUCCAUUUAUCGGUUCUUACCAUACUAGACAUACAAACCAGGAAAACUGAAAACUAUGUCUUUAUUAAUCCUUGAAAAAUAACAAGCCCAUACGUGUUAACAUAAAUACUAUUUUCUUGAAAGAUAACUAUAUUUUCCAAAACAAAAGAAAAUUGAGCAAAAAGAGAGGGUGUUGUGUUACAUUUUUUGCAAAUCUCUAAUAUCUGGCUUAAUAGAAAACAGCUGAAUUCUUACAUAAGUGUCUGCAUUCAGUCUGUUGCAAUAUAUUACUUUUGUAGAAGAAUAUAAAGAAAAUCUAAACUUACACAGAUAUGUAGUUGGAAAAAGGAGGCAUAUUUGAAUAGCUUUCCAAGUCAUUGCGGAUAUUCUUUUUUAAUAUCCUUUGUUAAAAGUGGACAAAUGCAUGGACAUAUAUACACCACCAAACGUAGGAUGGAUAGCUAGUGGGAAGCAGCCGCAUAGCACAGGGAGAUCAGCUCGCUGCUUUGUGACCACCUAGAGGGGUGGGAUAGGGAGGGUGGGAGGGAGGGAGACGCAAGAGGGAAGAGAUAUGGGAACAUAUGUAUAUGUAUAACUGAUUCACUUUGUUGUAAAGC